CCGACCCACCAACAGUCCACACACCAUGACGUGCUACUUCAACGGCUGCCAACAGCCCGCGCGCAUCAACGAGUCCACGUGCGAGUUCCACAAGCACCGCCGCGCCUGCAUCGUGCCCGACUGCCACAACCAGGUCUUUGCGCGCCAGCGCUGCGUGCGUCACGGCGGCAGGCGCCAAUGCACCGCGCCCAACUGCACGGCCAACGCGCGCAUGGACGGCGUGUGUGGACGCCACGGCGCCCGCAUCGUGAAGCGCAUCUGCACGAUGGAGGGCUGCACCAGCGUCGCCCACCGCGACAACAAGUGCAUUCGCCACGGCGGCCGCCGCCAGUGCAAGAUCGACGGCUGCGAAACCCACGCGCGCAGCCGCGGCUACUGCUGGCGCCACCGACCGGUGCCCAGUAUCGCGAUCGAGGACGGUCCGGACGCCGACGACGUCUUGAGCAACGACGACAGCUCGGUCAACGGCGGCGACAACGUCGAGAUGAACAACGACAAGACGCAAGACGUCAACGGCAUGACAAGCCUCGACGUGGCGAUCUCCGACUAUAUGCAGCAGGCGCUCGACCGCGAGUUCAAUUGGAUGAUCGACAUGCAGAUCCUCGAUGUGCUGUGCGACGAUGGCUUUUGGGCCAAUAUCGUCGUCGGUGAUCCAAUGGACUUGUGGUUGCCGUGA